AUGACCGCCUGCUCCACCUUAUGCUCGCCCACUACCUCCGAGGCCACUAGUAUCAGCAACUCUUCUCCGCCAACUCCUGUCCUUGAUAAUCUUGACUUCCUGCUCUCUUGUGGUAUGGCCUCUUCCACACCCAAAAGGUCGGUUGGAGAGUCUAUUCUCCGCCAGUAUGCCGAACAUUUAGAUCCCAUUGACGCCGACGGCCAAACACAUGCCGUGCGCAGUUUGGUCCACGCAGAGCCCGAUCCCGUGAACGAGAGACCCGUCAGCAGCGACAACGCGUCCUCCAACGAUCCUUCGAAAACCUCGUACAUCGCCCAUCACCCUACAGUCCCCGUGCCAAAGCCUCUGCUGCUGCCGAAGUCGCUGCUCACCCACCGCAAAAACCCAAAGUCAAUAGACAUACCCAGACAAACAAUCAUGAAGGCUCUGGUCUCACGGCGGCCUAGUGCGGGGCCUAAUACGGCACCGUUGGCCACGAACGCCGUCAAGACGGCCAUCACCGAGGCAGAAUUGGAGCAACAGAGAAGCUGCUCCGGGUCACCAUCAUUGUCAGCCACCCUGGCUAGCCUUCAAGCCAGCGCGCUGUCAAACAACUCGCCCACAUCGACGAGUUUUCUUCGGUCGCCAUGUUUCUUCCACCAGCGAUUUGACGGGGUUGUGGACAUCCAAAAGGUUCUGGAAGAGAUCGCGGACGAUGACUACUCGCAUUCGCGACUGAUGCAAACUGCCACAGGCGUAAGAGAGGUCUCCAAACAGUUGCAGCGCAAACCCCUGAAACGCGCUGUGCGCAAUGUCAUGAUUGUGACAAAGGCUCGAGACAACAGCCUCGUCUACCUGACACGUGAGCUUGCUGAAUGGCUGCUCUCCACGCCUCGGUAUGGGAGCGAGCUGGGCGUGAACGUCUAUGUGGAUGCCAAGCUCCGACAUUCGAAACGAUUUGACGCCGCUGGUUUGCUGGCGAAGGAACCUCGGUUCAGCAAGAUGUUGAAGUAUUGGACUCCGGAUUUGUGCUGGUCAUCACCGGAAAAGUUCGACCUGGUCCUCACCAUGGGAGGUGACGGAACUGUAUUGUUCACCUCAUGGCUAUUCCAGCGGGUAGUCCCUCCUGUGCUCUCCUUUUCACUGGGAAGCUUGGGGUUCUUGACAAAUUUUGAGUUCGACAAAUACAAAGAGCACCUUGAUCGGGUUAUGGGCGACGCCGGAAUGCGAGUCAACCUCCGUAUGCGAUUUACCUGCACUGUCUGGAGAGCCGAUCGGUCUCCCGGCGCUGUGAAGGGCGCUGUCGAAGAAGGCGAGCAGUUUGAAGUUUUGAACGAGCUUGUGAUUGAUCGCGGGCCUUCUGCUUAUGUGUCCAAUCUAGAGCUCUACGGUGACGACGAGCUUCUGACAAUUGUGCAAGCAGAUGGUUGUAUCUUCUCCACGCCGACGGGUUCCACAGCUUACUCCUUGUCUGCUGGAGGGUCUCUGAUUCAUCCAUCCAUUCCUGCCAUCUUGUUGACACCUAUAUGUCCGCACACCCUUUCGUUCCGGCCGAUGGUGCUGUCGGACACUCUUGCGCUGCGAAUUGCUGUACCUCACAAAUCCCGGUCGUCGGCUUAUUGCUCUUUUGACGGGAAGGGACGAAUUGAGUUGAAACAAGGGGAUUAUGUGACCCUGGAAGCGUCGCAGUAUCCGUUCCCAACUGUCAUGACCGGCACGAAUGAAUGGGUGGAAAGUGUACAAAGGGCUUUGAGAUGGAAUGUCAGAGGCGCAGUUCAGAAAGGCUGGGACGAUGGAGACCAUGAAGACAGCGACCAUGCUGAGGAGAAAUGGGACAUAGACAUUGACUCGAGCCCCCUUGGAGGGACAGACAGCGGUAUUGGGCCCAGCGAGGAUGGCGACCACGCUGCAAGCCCGAUGAGGCGGCAGCUGAGCAUGUUGAAUAUGUGA